AUGUUGCUUAUGAAAGGAACUCCUCAAGAAGCACGCUGUGGUUUCAGCAAGCAGAUGGUGGAGAUUGUUCACACAUAUAACAUUCAGUGCAGCGGUUUUGAUAUCUUCUCAGAUGAAGAGGUUCCACAGGAGCCCCAGACCUAUUCCAAUUGGUCUACCUAUCCUCAGCUCUCUGUUUCUGGAGAGCUCAUACGAAGACUUGAUGUGUUAACAACUAAGGAGCUAGAAGCAUCUGAAGAGCUACAUACAAUUUGCCCCAAAUCUCCCAAAUUACACGAAAAGCUAAAAGCGCUGACAAAUAAAGCUUCUGUGAUGUUCUUUAAGAAAGGAAACAAACAGGAAGCUAAAUGUGGAUUCAGCAAACAAAUUCUGGAAAUACUAAGCAGUAGUGGUGUUGAAUAUGAAAUAUUUGAUAUAUUGGAGGCUGAAGAAGUUCAGCAAGGAUUAAAAGCUUACUCAAAUUGGCCAACAUACCCUCAGCUGUAUGUGAAAGGGGAGCUUGCUGGAGGAUUGGAUAUUGUCAAAGAAGUGAACGAAAAUGUGAAUUGUUGCCUAUACUGA